GACGGCGCGUUCGGCUCUGAAAGCUUCCGCAAGCUGCGCUGCGCUACGCUGGGGUUGAUCAUUGGCAUUCGGCCUGGGAGAGACGCCGUCGCCGCGGAGCUAGUUCUGCUCCCAGCUGGCCGCCAGGAGUAGGGCGGCGGAGCAAACAUGAAUGUUGGAGUUGCCCACAGUGAGGUGAAUCCAAAUACCCGUGUAAUGAACAGCCGGGGUAUGUGGCUGACAUAUGCCUUGGGAGUUGGCUUGCUUCAUAUUGUUCUACUUAGUAUUCCCUUCUUCAGUGUUCCUGUUGCUUGGACCUUGACAAAUGUGAUACAUAAUCUGGGGAUGUAUGUAUUUUUGCAUGCAGUAAAAGGAACACCUUUUGAAACUCCUGACCAGGGUAAAGCACGGCUCCUAACUCAUUGGGAACAGCUGGACUAUGGAGUACAGUUUACAUCUUCACGGAAGUUUUUCACAAUUUCUCCAAUAAUUCUAUAUUUUCUGGCAAGUUUCUAUACGAAGUAUGAUCCAACUCACUUCAUCCUAAACACAGCUUCUCUCCUGAGUGUACUAAUUCCCAAAAUGCCACAGCUACAUGGUGUUCGGAUCUUUGGAAUUAAUAAGUAUUGAAAUGUUUUGAAAUGGAACAGAAAAUUUUUACAGCUACUGAAUUUUCUGUAAGGAAGGAGUGGUUAGUAAACUGCACUGUUUCCGUGAUAUUGUGAAAUGAGAAGUAUUUACAUUGAAGGGCCAGUUGCUGGUUCUUCACAUGCUGUUUUGAAGUGCAGGUAUUUACUAGAAGAUGCCUCUGUUUAAUGCAUCUGGUAUCUUUCUGAAGAGAGGUGUUAUAGGCAGGCUGGGCAGGCCCAGCUUAUAAGUUAAAUGGCUGUACACUGAAGGAUUAGUAGAUGAAUUCAAAGAAAUGAGAGAUUUAUAAGAAAACAAGACCAGCUUAGCUUAUGAUGAAUGGGCAUUAUGUUAGAAGAAAAUUUCCAAUCAUUCAGUCAUGGUCAGUUUAAGCAGACUUAACCUGUAAACCAGAAUCAUCUCUUUACAAGUUUAUUAUAGAUUGUUUUUAUUACCAUACAUGUUCCUCUUGUGUUGUAGAGGAGGAUAUUUCUCUCUUGUUUUAUACAAUCCAAUCCUUACCUUAUGAUUGUACUUUUUUUGCUUUUGCUGGCUCAACAUUGUGUUGAUAGAUUGAGGUCAUUUUUACAUUUAUUAAUUAAUGAGUUACAUUUAUUAGUUAAUGAGUUCAUGAAGGUCCACCUUCAUGACUGGUGACAGAAGACAGCAUCUUACAAACAGCCUCUGAAUCAACCUUCUAAUUUUGGAACAGAAUGGGUUUUGUUGCCUUUCCAGACACAAGGCUGCUAAACCAAUUAAGAAAAUAAUUUAUUUCACACAGUUAGAGUAUAUGGUAAUUUAGAGGUCUCUGCUUAUUUGGUUGAUCAAUCUAAUUGUUAAAGUCUGCUGUUAUUUAGAAAAGGAAACAUAAAGUGGACAACUAUAUAGCCAACCUGUGGUCUGGCAGAAACUGCUUCUCUAGCAGUAGUACCAUAGUAAAUAAUGGAGUCUUCUUUAGCAGGUCUACAGCAAAAGAAAACAUCUUUCCUUAGUCCCCCUGCUCUCACUCCCCAUAUUUUGCUCAUUAAUGUUUGGCCUUUCAGUUCAUGGGUCUUGGUGUAGAUAACCCAAAGUGGUAACUCUUUCCAAAACAGCAACCAUAUUGAAUUCUUGUGACUUAGAGAAGCUUCCUAUAAUUGAUAUUAAUUAGUUGCAAAAAAUAACUGCAUACUACUUUGAGAAGUAAACGUGUCAAAACCAAAGUUCUGAUAUGGGAUGAGACUGAAAUAUCCAGUAACAUUUGUAAACAAAACUGAGUGACAAGAGUUAUAGACCAACUGAAAAAUCAAUUUGUUUCAAUAAACUGACUUAUGGGGGUAAUGAUCAUUGUUUUGUAUUUCAAAAGUAUUGAGUUUAGAACUCCAUUGUAUGAUAUGCCUUUGUAUGUUUGUCUUUUACCCAUGUAUUUUUUAGUUAGUAAUCUAUACUUGAAUAAAACUUUUCUUUGGUGUAA